CUCAGGGUUAUCCACGGUCAAACCGGAAAUUCAAUAAAGUAAGCUUCGAAAGAAAAGCUUUUGUUCAAUUUUGAAGAAAAGCAAAGUUGGUCUCGGAGAAAUUGGUUGACAAAAACAACAAAACAAAACUUUCGGAAAUAGAAGCAACUGAAAAGUAAACUUAAAUCUACAUUGCGGAACAGUCUGGUGAGCCGUGCCUCGUGCUUUCAUAUUUUCAAUUCCCACCUCCAUUUUAUACAAAUGUAUGUGCAUUCGACUUAUUUUAUCCGACGCUCCUUGUCAUCGUGAAUAAACGAAAGAACAAGAUUUUCCCACUUAAACUUUGUGACGACAGCAGUGUCCAGAUACGUCAGGCUAAAGGACACCGUGAUAGAUAUUAUUUUGAUAUCCAAAACAGGAUGUAGUUCUCAUCUCAACCGUGAUUACUAAUCGCAACUUGACCCUUAGCUGGGUUGCGCUAAACUGUAUUGUUGGGAGUUUUUUUUCUGUUUAGUAUGUUAUUUUUGGAAAUUUAUAGGUUUAUCUUGUUCAUACGUUAUACGUGGAGCAAUUUUAUUUUGUGUUAACUUCAGUGCAAUGGAUUCAACGAUUAGCCUUUCCUUAUUUGUUUCCGCGGUCUGACCACUUGCUAGUAGUAUGUGAUGAUAGUUACAGUGAAAGGACCAGGUUGUAAACUGGACGCCGCCAUCACGAGUAAUUAAAAGGACACAUUUUUUUCUUCAUGUUUAGAAGCUGACGAACAUGGGAGUUAAAACCUUUACCCAUUGCUCGACAUCCCACAGCCAGGAGAUGCUCGAAAAGCUCAACACUUUGCGUAACGAAGGUCACUUGUGUGACGUUACUAUCAGGGUGCAAGACAAACAUUUCCUGGCCCAUAAAGUGGUCCUGGCCUGCUGCAGUGAAUUCUUCCGCUCCAAACUGUUGGGUCGGCCCGAGGAAGAGGACAAGUUUGUUUUGGACCUUCAUCAUGUGACAGUUAGUGGCUUCGCUCCUCUGCUGGAAUACGCUUACACGUCUACGCUUUCCAUCAGCACAGAAAAUAUUAUCGAUGUCCUUGCGGCUGCGAGUUACAUGCAAAUGUUCGCUGUGGCAAGUACGUGUUCAGAGUUCAUGAAAUCCAGUAUUCUAUGGAGUCCAAGUAACAACAGUAACAAUACACUUGCAGCUGGCAAAACCCAUGAAUCUGCACCUGAGAGUGCCUCCUCUAACUGUACCCUCACGCCACUUGAUGGCAGCGUGUCACCUGUGUCAUCCGACUGUAGUGUAAUGGAGAGAAACGUUCCUGUUUGUCGUGAAUCGCGCCGGAAACGAAAGAGUUUUGUAACCAUGGCUUCGCCUGAGAGUCCUCUGAAAUGCACUACACAGAUGGUUACUACUUCCCCCCAGGUUCCCAAUCCUUCCCCUUCGUUUUCAGACAGCGCGGCCCAGCCUGUGGAGUCCUCCCUGUCAUUUCCAUGGACCUUCCCAUUUGGCAUCGAUAGGAGAUUCCACUCGGACAAAUCAAAGCUCCCAGAGAGCCCCCGGUGCCAAGAGCAGACAACAACAGUUUCUUCUGACGUGGUGGUUAGUCGGCGACUGAGUGACUUUUUGACAUGUGAAAGCUCCAAGGCAGUGUCACCGCCUGUGCCAGCUGAAGAAGAAGAUGUAAGUGUGAAAGUGGAGCGUCUCAGUGACGAGGAAGUCCAAGAAGCAUCGUCCCAUCCUGUCAGUGGUUCCCAGAGCUCACUCAAUGAUCAACAGACCGUGCCAGGAAGUGAACAGGUUCAGGAGGAUCUCCUCAUCAGUCCACAGUCAUCAUCAAUAGGAUCAAUGGAUGAGGGCGUUUCAGAGGCGUUACCAUCAAUGCAAAGUACCUCUAAUACUGGAGGACAUGCAGAGGAUGAUGAAAGGUUAGAAGGUAUUCAAUAUCCGUACCACCUCUAUAUUGGCCCGUCAGCAAGGCCUGGCGCGAAUGGCCCAGACAGGCCCUUUCAGUGUCCAACCUGUGGAGUUCGAUUCACACGCAUUCAAAAUCUGAAGCAACAUAUGCUAAUACACUCCGGCAUUAAGCCUUUCCAAUGUGACCGCUGUGGGAAAAAGUUCACACGGGCCUACUCCCUAAAGAUGCAUCGGCUGAAGCACGAAGGUAAACGCUGUUUCCGGUGCCAGAUUUGUAGUGCCACAUUCACGUCCUUCGGUGAAUAUAAGCACCACAUGAGGGUCUCCCGACACAUAAUCCGCAAGCCGCGGAUUUAUGAGUGCAAAACGUGUGGCGCCAUGUUCACCAACUCUGGCAAUUUAAUUGUACACCUGAGGAGUCUGAACCAUGAGGCAUCCGAACUAGCAAACUACUUCCAGAGCAGUGAUUUCCUCGUGCCCGACUACCUGAGCCAGGUGCAGGAGGAUGAGGAGGUGCUGGGAGUCCAAUAUGAGUUGGAAGAACCCCAACAUCACUCUGUCUUUGCCAGCAGCACCUCUACAUCCACUACCUUUGCUGCCUCCUCCUCCUCAGUCUCUGUCAUCUCCCAGGUCUCCUCGUCCACCCAGAAUUGCGAGAACUCACCUAGCUUCCUUCCACCUGAUUCCAUGGAUCCACUGGAAGCCUCUGCCUCCUUUAAAAUACGUGCCGGUGGAAAUAUUGCCCCAUCCGAGGAGACAAAGAUGGACAACAGAGAAACGGGCAGUUCACCCGAAGUGUUUGACGAAGACCACCGUCGGAGGGAGAUUAUCCAGGCCAAGGAGUCUGCUUCAGUCACAAUUGAGUGAUGCAGGUCUUCUUCUGGGCUUUUAUGUGCUGCCUUGUAGUCACGUCACUUGGAUAAAUUUGCAGAAUAUUGAUGCCAAAAGAGGUAAAGUGGACAAAAUCACUUUUUAAAACACAAGACUGGGUGACUAAUUUUCCAAAAUAAAACAAGUUAAUUAUGGUGUUUGUUUUAUUUAAUUGACAAUUUGAUAAGAGUUUGAAACAAUACACGUUAAUCAUAUUGAUGCACUGGGGUGACAAUUCUUGACUGAAAACAAAACAUUGACAGAAAUUGUAAUACCUUAAAAAGAGUAAUAGAAAUUUCUAGGCUAGAUAAUUUCUGCACUUUGGCAAAUUUGUACUUUCCCUUCUGCGCAAUGCACAUGCAUUCAAGCUUUCAGGCAGUCCCCAGCAGCGGACUGUCAGCGCAUGCAUGGUCGAGCAAGCGUGACGCACAGCUACAUCAGAAGAAUUUUUUUGGCCCACCUUUUUUUGGUCAGUCGUUAGCCCACCUGGAGUUUUCUUUAAAAGGUUUUUUGUUUUUUCUUCAAAAGUCCAAGUUUCCUUCGAGUUGUUUAGGGGACAAAAGUCUAAGCCUAAAAUUGAAAAUGCAUUUUGGGACCAUUUUCGACCCAAAAGUUUCCAAUGCCUCCCUAGUUAUUUAUCCCAUUUGACAUGAAUGCACUGCCACUGGAGGUUGUGUAAUCCUAGCUUUGUCCUUUUGGAAAGUGCCUGAGACUAGAUAUGAGCACCCAACUUUAUCAACAAUACUUAAUGAAGUCUUUACAAACUGAGUUAUUAUUAUUAUUAUUUUUUUUUAAUUUCCCUUACAUUGUUAAUGCCAGUUUGUAUGGGAAUCUCACCUUUUGUCCUUUCUCCACAGGCAGAUGUAGUAUUGUCUUUUGCAAUCGCUAUUGAUGUUAUAUCUGUCUAAAUGCAGUAUAUGCUGACGGUUAUGGAAAAACUGUGUCAAGUCUUUGUACAUUAAUUUUCAAUAGAAUCCAUACAGUACAUUUCAUUAAGCCAUUUAAAAUUAGUGGUAGCAUAUAUUUUAUUAUGAUGUAUUUUUUAUGCAAACACUGUGGGCAAAUAUCAAGUCGUUUGAAAUAUUACAGACAAAUACCGAACAGCAUUUUCACUAAACUAUAGGGUUGUGGUUAAAAGUUGUGGAUUGCCUCAUUAUCCACAUGAAAUGGUUUGGAAAACUGUAAGAAAAACUAAACUUUGUAUGACUCUGCCACAUCUGUUAUGAGUGAGUCAGAUCACCAAGUUGCCAAUUCUUACGUUGCUGCUUUUCUAUGAUGUAGUGAAAAACAAUUAAUCAAAAACAAAAAGGCACAUCAAAGUUAAGAAAAACAAUUCUAAAUGCUUUUUGCAAUAUUGUUGAAGCAAUUUGAAAUUUCACGCACGUGAACAUUAAAUUAGGAAAGUUGAUACAAUAACAUUUUAUUGUCUGCUAAAAAACUGCAACACAACUGCAAAAGGUCACACCUUACCAUUUCAAAUUUGCAAGCUUUGCAAGGCGCUCAAGUGUUUUGUAUGGAAGCAAUUUCAAACAAAUUCGAAUGUAGCAUUUAAUGCUGGUUUUUCUGAUGUCAUGUAACUGUCUUAAUUUUUUUUUUUUUUUUUUUAAAGUCUUUCUCCACUUCUGAAUAUAUCCUCUAUUCACAUGUGAUAUGCAUCAGCAACAUUUUUGUGUUCACAUUUCCCCUUCUUUACAUGUUCAAAAUAGAGAAAUGAACAGCUGGAUCACAUAAAUGUUGGUGAUCCUUAUUUGUAAAGAAACUUGUUGCAUAACUGUCAUGCAAAAGAUAUUGCAGCAUUGCUAGAGGUUUGUUACAAAAUGAUUGUCUUUUCCAAAAAUGUCAUCCCUGUGUGCUGAUACCAAAGCACACAUUGUGCUGGGUGUGUCCCAUUGCCACUUUUUUAUCAGAGCAGAGCAAAAUGAAGGCCCAUGGUAUUACGUGAAGAGAUGACUUGAUUGAGGUUCUGUCGUAGUUGUGUUUUAAUGCUUCUAUGAUUUUUGUAAUCAUCCACCAAUUGUUUGCAAAUCCAUUUAGAUACAUUACUGUUAAUGAAACACAUAAAUUGCUUAUCCGCAGGUUGAAUGCUACUGACUGAAUUGGUGACUUUAACUUCUGUAUAAUGCAGCUGCCACUUGGAGUUCUAAUCGGAAGAUGUAUAUCUUUUUUUCCUUGUUACAUAUAUAUGUAUAUAUAUAUAUAUAUAUAUACAUACUGGA